AUGCGCGAGCGCAGCGAGUCUCAUAUCAAAACGCUCGAGCAGCACCGAGGCCUCGCGUCACAAAAGCCCGCCCACUACCACCAGGCUGUUCUCUGGCACAACGAGCAACUCCAGUCAGAGAAUAGAGAGCUCCGCCAAGGGUUCAAGGCCGGUGCGAAUAUCAUACAACUUCCAUUC